AUGGCCGAUCUGCGCAUCUCCCAAGUGCUUCCAACAGUGAAAUGUUCAGACUGCAAUCAACCAGUGCACGUCCGGCAUCUUGCAGAUCACGUUUGCGCAACAGCUCCACCCCUUCCUUCAUUUCCACCACAACCACCUCCACCACAACCAAUGACAACGACAUCGUCGCCUUCUCCUAUAAAGAUUGAUACAUCCCCUGCAACAGUACGGCCUACAAAGAAUCAUCAUCACACCAAGAGCAGUGUAUCCCCUACCAGUGGCUCAAAGUUUAAUUUCCAGUUUUGGACCGGCAAGGCAAGAGAUACUUUACGUAGUGCAACGCAGAGUCGUAAAGGAAGCCAUCCACGACAACAAUCACCACCUCCACAACCACCAUCCAGUAUUGGAUCACCAGGACCAGCUCCCUAUGAACAUGCAAUCACUACAGGAGGUUACCAAGGCUACCAUGGAAAGACAUCAACCGCCAAGACAAUCCAAUUCCAAGACAGACAAUGGCAUAGCAACGACUCUGAUGAGUUUUUGGUAUCACCUAUUCUUGAUUUUACACCUCCUUUUGCCCAGUCGUCGUUUGAACGUAAAAACAGCACAUCACCUGCACCACCAGCAUCGAUAUUAAAUCAGCAAAGAACAACAAAACCCAUGGCAUCCCAAUCAACAUCCAGUGAUGAAAUGUCACCACAAACACCUCGCUUAGGACGACAUCCUUUGGAUGCGCUUGAUUAUGAUUUAUUCAAUAAGCGACCCACGGCAGCAGCAACAACAAUCAACCAUCAUCAUCAUCAUCAAUGUACACGUUGUAGACGAGAUGUGGCGAAUGACGGUAUCCGAAUGGGCCAGGAGAUGUACCAUGUUCAAUGCUUUUCGUGUUUCACAUGUCGUAGUCGAUUGGAUCCUCGUUUGCCACCCCAUGAAUACCAAGGCCGCAUUUACUGUGAAACUGAUUACAACAUGAUGGUCAGGCGACGUAUCAUUUGUGCUGCAUGUGAACAACCCAUUGGACCUCAUGUGCGUCCCACGCUUGCUCUUGGCCAAUACUAUCAUCCCGAACACAUCCGAUGCUUUCAUUGCAAUAAGCCCAUCAAUCCUGAAAUGACUGGUAUCGUCGAACGUAAGGGAAAACUGUUUUGUCGUCCCGAUUUCAACAAGUUGUACUUGCCAAAAUGCCGAGGAUGUGGCCGUGCCGUGGAAAAAGAAGCUGUGUCAUCGGCUGAUGGUAAACUCAAGGGGAAAUGGCACAAACACUGCUUCCGUUGUCAUGAAUGCCAAGAACCCUUUCCUGAUAACACCUUUUACAUUUACAACAACGCGCCUUAUUGUCGUCGAGAUUACCACAAGAUGAACCGCUCUCUUUGCAAAGGAUGUGAUGAACCUGUUGAAGGACGAUGUGCACAAACCGUGGAGGGGUGGCGUUUUCAUCCACAAUGUUUCACGUGUUGCAUUUGUCGAUGCCUGAUCACUGACGUCUAUUACAUGACCGACAACCUCAUCUUUUGUCCACAGGAUAAGCAAUUUAGAUCCGAAAAACGACACACUUUCUUCCAGCAACUAUGA